AUGACUAGGAGGUCCAACAAGGACAACCUAGUUGAACAUCCAGAGAUAGACAAGCUUGAGAAGCAACUUAGGAAGCAAAAGCCCAAGAGAUGGCCGACGAAGCAGCUCGCGCUCACGCCGCUGAAGUGGCGCGCGCUCAAGAAGAAGGAAGAGAUCCACCUCCUCCUCCUCCUAGACCCUGCUGGAGAUGUGAACGCACAACCCCAAGCUGGAGCACCUACAAUCGGAGACUAUGACUCUGCCGAUGCUUUCUUCAUGGAUAGAAACCCUAUCCAUCCACCACCACCUGCAAGGAAUGACUAUGAGAUCAAGCCUCAGAUCAUUGCAUUGGUUAGACAGAACCAAUUCAAUGGACUUCCAGCUGAGCACCCUCUUGAUCACAUAGAAAACUUUGAAGAAAUUUGCAGCACUACAAGAUCCAAUGGAGUCUCUGCUGACUACCUUAAGUGCAAGCUCUUUUCAUUCUCUCUUGGCGACAAAGCUUCAAGAUGGUUGAAGUCUCUGCCAGCUCACUCCAUCACCACUUGGGAUGAGUACAAGGCUGCAUUCAUCAACCACUUCUACACCAAACAGAGAUCAAUUUCUGUGAGAAACAAGAUCUCCACUUUCGCCAAGCAACAAUGA